UCUUUUAAUGUUCAAAUUGUGAAAUUUUGUGUUAUGAUUUUAGAUGAUACAGAUGAACUCAAAAUAUUGGCUAAGAAAUUGAAAAUCAAAUCCAAAACAUCUAAUAAUUUAAAUAAUUCUCCACUUCCUUCGAAAAGAUCACGCAAGCCAAAAAGAAGUUGGUCAUUUGGAGAGGAUAUAGCUCCUCCACCCAAAAAAAAUAAAGUUGAAACUAAGAAAAAUAAUAAUAAAGAAUUGUCUACAAAUCUUAAAUGUCAAGUACAAAACUUAAUCAAUCAAAAUAACAGUACAGACGUUCAAAAAAGCAAGAUUUCACCACCAAAAGAAAUUUUUGAAACCAGCCCAAGCAAGGAGGAACUCAAGAUGAUGAUAGAACAGCAACAAAAGCUCCUUAUAUCACGUGAAAAUUCUAAGUCAGAGAAAAAAAGUGAUGAUUUAAGUCCAAAAAAAACUGAAGAAAAUGAUAUUAUUUCUGAUAGUGAUGACGAUGAUAGCAAUAAUGAUAGAAUUGAGGAUGACAGUGAUAAAAAUAAAAAUAAAUAUCAAGAAAAGAAAACACAAGAAAAUGAUAAUCAGAUCCUUGUUGAGGCUUCUGUAGAAGGAACCUCUCGUGACGAUGAUUUUAUUGAAAGAUAACAUUUACUGUACAAAAACGGCAUUCGAGGAUGCUGUUGACUUUAGUCGGAAAUCUGCGACUUCAUUCUUACGGCGUCUAAUGAACGGCGUAUUCAAACGUAAUGCUAUUUUAAAUUGUACGUACAGUGGACGACCUCCUAAUGCUCAAGGAAAAACAAAACAAUCUCAAAAAGUAGAACCAUUAGAUAGAAAUGCUAAAAAAGCAGUUUUAGAAUUUUGCACUGAGUACGCAACAACAAAGGGAUGGCUAGCUUCAACCGAUGCAAAACUGCGUAAAGCUAUGACUCAAUGGGUUGGCGAGGUUAAAAGAGAAAAUAAGAAAAAUAAAAAAUCAUAG